CUGACGUCUCGUCAUCAAUAUUUGAAUAUUACUCGCGCGCCGGUCGUUUACUGUAAUCUAAAUAUUUCCAAUUUAAAUAAAGAAAAUGUCGGCAUUUCAUGGAUUCCCCAACUUACCGGGACCAGACGAAGUCCCUUUCUGCAAAAUGAAUGAGGUUUAUUGCUGUGGGAACACACAAUACGGAAAUAUAUCGACAUUUACCAAUUCGACGAAGGGACAUCCAGUGAUAAACGUGACACGGGACAUACAUCACCACAGGACGACAGACGAAAACAUUUCUAUGUACAUUGACGUUGAAGACAAUUUACUCAAAAAGAUAACCAGCGUGUGGUAUAAACAAGGUUUUCUUGAAGCCCUAGGUGUAGCUGCAGAUCCCUCAGUAAACAGAGAAAGCCAAGUGCUAGCUGUCGCCGCGUCAUACGUGUUAAAAGUAGCAAAUGUGUUCACAGCAUUCCGAUACUUUUUGCAACCGCAUUUGAAAGACAUAGGGCCUAAAAUUGUGGCAAAUUAUUCUAGAACGAGGAAUUGGGGUCACAGUCCUAUAAAAUGUAUUGCUUGGCAUCCUCAUACCACAAAGAUGGCAGUGGCUACAGUUGAUGAUAAUGUGCGGAUAUAUUGUUCUGAAGUUGCUUUCGUGUCUACGUUGAAGUGUAAGGCUCAAGGGCAUGUGUCCUCGCUCAGUUGGAGACCGUACUCAGCAUCAGAGCUAGCAGUGGGAUGUGAGCAAGGUGUAAUUGUGUGGACCGUUGAUCCUAAUUCCAUGUUUACGAAGCCUUCAUCAAGCAAUGCUGUUGUUUUGAAAAGGCCCGGUCACAGCCCAGUAACCGAUGUAAGUUGGUCCCCGAAUGGUGAUCUUCUAAUCAGUUGUUCUGGUGCAGACACGUCCAUGUUAGUGUGGGAUGUCUCCAUGGAGACUGCGGUCCCACUCCGAAGGGUGGCUGGAGGUGGUAUUGUGUUUGCCCGCUGGUCAUUUGACUCAAGCAAAGUUUUUGCUGCUACCUCUUCUAUUAUAUUUAGAGUAUGGGACACUAAGAGAUGGCAGCCGGAGCGGUGGUGUGCGCGCGGACAACGCGUGGUGGCUGCCUGCUGGGGGCCUAAAGACCUCCUGCUGUUUGCAGCUAAAGGAGAACCGAUGAUCUAUGCCCUAACUAACACAGGACUCAUGAGUGGUUCUCAAACCAGCAAAGCUUUACCGGUCCUUGAUGUGACGAAGGUCGAGCUGGCUUCCGGAGAAGCAGUAGGAGGGCCUAUCCUGGACAUGUGCUGGGACCCCAGCGGCAAAUACUUGGCGUUAUUGUUUGAAGAGUCCCAUUUAGUUGCGGUGUUCUGUACCACGCAUCUGAUGAUGCAGCUGAAAAUUACUCCUUGUUGCUUCGUGUGCGGUAUCGAAGCCGAGAUCCCCUCGACCAUGGCUUUCCAACAGAACUUCCCGGAAGGUGCCUGUCUGACAAUCGCCUGGUCCAGCGGCAGAGUGCAGCACUUCCCGAUCAUAUACACUGAUGGAUACUGAACCGAAACAAGUAUUUAUAUCAAUACUGUUUGAUACUUACCUCUUUGUAGACUAGUUGGAUUUUGGAAGAUCUAUACUCCAUUUGAUUAGAUACUUUAAUAUAGGUAACAAUCUUGGUGACUCCUUUUGCCUAAAAACUCAGUGUAAAAAAGUAAGUAAAAAAUAAUGUCUAAAAACAAUAUAAUUUAUGAAUUAUAAAAUCAAAUGUACCGUUUAGAUAUAACAGUCGUUUAUGGGUUUUCUAUUCGUGGUUGUAUGAAAGUUACACCGAGAUUGUUUGCCUUUUUGAGUACGUAAAUAAAUGGAGUAUGUUUGAGAUGCAUUCUGAAAAGCGACGUAAGAUAGAAGCUCUCAAAUUAUGAUUAGUGUUACAGCUACAUACAGUCGCAGCUAAAAGUAGAUGAUCAAAGUGUGGCGAACCGAAAUACCAUCCAGCCCAUUACAGCCGAAAAAGAGCUCUUUAGAUGUGAACUUCGUUCAUUAAUGUUGUAUUACUGAUUUUAUUCAUCUACUUUUGCUGUUGACUGUACAAAAGUCACUUGUCUAUGGGCAAAGAUAUAAAUGUGUGUAUAUUUUACAUUUAAACGCAUUUGACAAAAGUUUGUAUAAUUUUAGUAGGUUUUAAUUAUGAUUAGCUUUAAAAAAAUGUGUAAUAACAAUUUGUCCUUGUAUUAGUUUUAGUAAUGGGUGGUAAUAAUAAAAAAUAUUGUGUUUCAAAAAAAAUAACAUUUUGUCAAAAGUUAAAAAGUAAAAUAUUUUUGCCAAUUGAACUCAAAUGCGUUAUAGGUAUAAUAGGUUGAAAUUUUUAUUUUUAAACUUUUUAAAAGUACUCUGGAACCUUAAUUUUUUUGUACAACUAAAACCAUUUUUUUGUAACAUGAACAAUAGAAUCAAUAGAAUUAAUGUUCAAACAGUAAGGGACAAUUAGUUAAAAUAAUAGAAAAUACUUUGUACAAACCAUGCCAAGAAACCAACAUAGAAAUAGCCUAAAGGCACGUUUACAAUAAUAUUAAGUCAAAAUAAAUUAUGUAAUAAGACUGCCUGAUAUUUUUGUAAUUUUAAAACGU